CCUUUGAAUCCCUUUGAUAAGACAGGGUUGUAAAUUACUUCUUAUAACUUUAUUCAACAACCUUCACACAAUGCUUUUAUUAAUCCAAUUGUACACUGUGCCCUUAUUCAUCCUCCUGUACACCAUGUCCUUAGUAACGAAAUUGUACACUGUGCCCUUAUUCACCCACCUGCACAUGGCUUUACUAAUCCAAAUGUACACUAUGCCCUUUUCACUCACCUGUACACCAUGCCUUUACUAAUCCAAUUAUACACAUGCCCAUAUUCACUCUCCUGUACACAAUGUCCUUACUAACCCAAUUGUACACUGUGCCCUUAUUCACUCACCUGUAUACCAUGCCUUUACUAAUCCAAUUAUACACAUGCCCAUAUUCACUCUCCUGUACACCAUGCUUUUACUAAUCCUAUUGUACACUAUGCCCUUAUUCAUCCUCCUGCACAUGCUCCCAUCAGUUUCUUUUCUCUGCACUGACAGGUAUUGGUCUGUUUGCAGAUGUUCCACUCCUUGUUCCUGAACACAGACUGAGGCUGUCAGCGCAGGGAAUGGAAGGAGCGGAUGGCAGUGAAUCCACACCAAGAAGAAGGACACAGAAACUCCCAGUGAUUCUUCUUCCAUGAGAUGUGAGAACCUUGCCUGAGGCGAUUAUCAGGAGCAGCAAACAGCCACCACUGUAAAUUGCAUUGUGACUCAGGACAAAGACAUGACCUGCAUGUGGAACAAAGAUGGACUGUCCUUUGAGAACUACUCCCUGUACUACUGGUACAAUUCGGAUGGUGUGAAGGCAGCUGCCCCUUGUGCUCACUACCUACAGGAACGUGGGAUCAACAUAGGCUGCUGGUUCAACUCGUCCGCUGUCCGAACCUUUAGUACAUUCAAUGUGAGAUUAAACAGCAGCAAACAGGAGCACAAACAACUGUUUCGAAACCUACAAGACUUAGUCAAGCUGGAGCCUCCUGUUAAGCUGCACGUAGAGAACACAAGUGACUUGGAACUCCUCCUGAGCUGGGAGCCAUCCCGUGGCUUCAGGCUGCUCUGUUUCACUUAUCAAGUGAAAUAUCGCAGCCUGGCCAGUGACUCGUGGACGGUAAAGAAUGUCACUAGCACCCAGUUUUCCUUGCCCAGCUAUAGCCGUGACAAGCUCUACACAUUUCAUGUGAGAAGCAAGCUGAGCGAUUUGUGUGCCUCCGCUGUAUUAUGGAGCGAGUGGAGCGUAGGAGUAUCCUGGGGCAGAAAUGAUACAAUUCCCAUCACAGAGACGUCACUUCCGAUCAUAGCCAUCAUCAGCGUUGGAUUCUCCAUUGCGUUUUUCUGUGUACUGGCUAUGCUUAUUCGCACGGAGAGGAUCUGGGUGAUUCUAGUGCCUCAGAUUCCAAACCCUGAGAAGGGUCUUCAGGAUCUUUACAAAAUGUACGACGGGGACUUCCAGGAAUGGAUUGGAGUUUCCAAAGAUGUUGUGAAGAGUUUGAACCAUAAUUAUACGGAGCCUUUAUGCAGCGUUUGCGAGGACACAGAAUGCCCAGUGGUAGAGAACAAGAAGCCUCCACCCACCUAAAUCAACUGGGAUUUGGGACGGAGAUUGAGCAAAAUGUUCGAUUUUCUCUAGAAAGACGUACAGUAUGCAAUGGCUGCAUGGCAAUAAAACAAUGGCAACUAAAGGGGAAUGUGUUUUGCUUUUCUUCCAGCUUAAAUAUCUAUAUUAUAUUUUAGCCUUAUCUAUAAAUCAGCUGCUCUGUGCUACUAUUAUAUUGAAUUUAGUGUAUGGCUGGCUGUAUUAAAGGGACCUUUUAUUUAGCAUUUGUUGCGUUGAAACAAUGGCACCUCAAUGAUGCAAAUACACAUUUUACAAAGUGCUCACUGUGUACCUCCCUACAGCAAAUCACCCCAAAAAUACAAUUGAGGAAACCGAGGGGAGAUUUUACACAGGUGUCAAAAUGUUUGUGUCGUUGAUUUGUCAAUAGUCAAAUUUGUGAGGUUUUAGAAUUUUUUUUCUACUAUGAAUAAACUUACAAUUUAAGAAAA